AGAGUGUUAAGUGCAACAGUCACUAUUAUACAGACAUGUACUAGUAAUUAAAUUAGUUCUCAAUUAUCUGGCAGGGUUAUAUAAAACGCGCUGAAUCAAAUUCCAAGUUAACAAACGAUGUGAUGACCUUUUGGAAUAGAUGAUAAUAUGGAUGUUCGAUAUAAGUUUUUGGUGGACCAGGCUGCUCCCCACGGGCGGAAGUGGCGGAAGGAUCGUCUGUCGGGGAAGGAACUCGGCCAGAUUCGGUUAGGCGAUAGGCUGGCAAAGGGUGGCACUUCAGUCGUCUACAGGGCGCAGUGCGGCAAAGCCAUCAUCACGUGUAAGGUCACCGACGGAAAGUACUCCGAGGGGCUUAUGAAAGAAUGUGAAAUACUACGUAAGCUUGACCACACGAAUAUUCUUAAAGUUUACGAUGGUAUUGCAUGCAACAGAAUCGUUGCCAUGGCAAUGGAAUUUGUGCCAUGCGGUGAUCUUCAUGAUUUUGUCACGCACCAUUUUCCCGUGCACUCGGAAACUCGACAAAAAUUCGGGACUGAAAUUUUAUCUGCCGUUAGUUACAUGCAUGACAAUGGCAUAGCUCACUGUGAUCUAAAACUAGAAAAUAUCCUCGUUGACACACAGGGCUCCACCAAGAUAAUAGACUUUGGAUCAGCCCUUAAGGUGGCAGAUGCAACAUAUGAAGAUUUUGCUUACAUUGCUACGACACCGGAAUACUUGCCGCCGGAAAUAUUCUGUACGACCACGCGCGAUGGAUACGACAUCCGGGCAAUUGAUGAAUGGAGCGUCGGUGUCGUCUUGUUCAUCCUGUUAACUGGACGCUUCCCGUUCGGUGAGGUGGAUGCCUCACGGAUCGCCAAGUACAUCCAGAAGAUGCGGGCCGCUCAUUCCUUUAACCUGAGGCAGAAUGAGGAAAUGCUGCUUUACUUUGAAAAGGAAUACCUCGAGGUGGCGCGGGGGCUCCUCGCGUUUGAUCCCGAGGAGCGCUUUUCGGUCAGUAAAGCGCUGCAAAUGGGGUUUACGAAAAAGAAAAGUGUGUUUAGUCUUGAUGACAUCGAGAGUGAAAUUGACAAGGAAUUUGGAUCAAUUUUUGACGAUAUCUAGCUGGAGUGUUCUGGAAUGCAUUCUGCGUGAUUUAAAUAACAUUUCGAUGGACGCUGCAAAUGUAAUCGAAUAACCAGUGACAAUUGAAACACUCGGCAACGUCGGAUGUUUAGAGUUUAGCUAGAGAACCAAUGUACACGUUUUGUCAUGUUUGAAAAAAAGUUCCAUACUGGAGUUUGAAUUUGGCAACUCUAAUUUGAUACAUAAAUGAAAUUGUGAUUUUUUUCACUUUUUAUCUAUCAUUGAGUGUGGAUGACACUUUAAAAAUGUCCUUUAACACACUUAAAACUUUGAAACAAAUGUUACAGUACAUACACUUUUAUUUAUGGAAACAACGCUGAAUCAUAUUGGUAACAUGUUUGACCGCUACGCAAUUGUACGACAUGGCGAUGGGUACACGUUUGAUUCAUGAACAUUAAAGUCUGUUGAUAACGAAACUUACAAGGCGACAUUUAAAUCAGCGAUUGACAAACAGACUUUAACUGUCAGGAAUGGCCAUUAACAUGGUAGCCAUUGUCAGAAUGCAACAAUAUUAUGGAAUACGUCUAUUUUUGUAUAAAGGUGACUUCACUUAUUGAUUGUGUGUUUAAUGAUUCUUUUAAUUGUUUUGUUAAUAUAUUCGAAUUGCUAUGCUA